AUGCUGCCCUCCAACAUCUUCAACCUCGCCACCGCCGGCUUGUUGUCCUCGCUUGCGGCCGUCGCCAAUGCGGUUCCUACCCACAAAGAUGCCGGCCCACUGGUUCCAAAUGCCGAGCUCCUCUUCCAGCUGAAGAUGACCCUGGGCCAAUCCGUCAACUUUGGUGUGGGCCCACGAGGCAACAGAUUCUCUGAUCCUAUUACUGGAGGAAGCUUUGAAGGGCCGAAGCUCACUGGGGUUGUACUCCCUGUCGGUGCCGACUGGGGCCUUCUCGACGCCCGUGGCCAAUUCGAGGCAAUCACGCUGUUUCAGUUUCAAACGAACGACGGCGCCAACAUUUUCGUUCGCGCUGAGGGACCUGCGCCGAACGGCAAAGGUAUCUUGUACCUGACGCUUGAGACCGGUGUAGAUGCGUACUACUGGGUCAAUCAACUGAUGAUCGUCGGAGUGACGAACGUCGAGAGGGACCAGGGUUUCGUCACCAUCGACGCUUGGGUGUUGUCGCGUGCCGACGCGGACUAG